AUGACCGAUGUCCUAGCUGCUGAUGCAUCUCCGUCAUCGAGGGAUGCUACCCAUAGGAAGAUCGAUGAAGAUCUCUUCGAGUUGACUCUCAGCCGCGAGAACAAGGCUGAACUAUUUGAAGAGGCUAUUACAGAGUUGGAACGAGGCAGCCUUGAAUCCGCUUCCAUACUCGAGAACUUGGCCAAAUGGAACCCAUCCGACGCAUCGCGUUUCGUGCAGCGCACCGCCUCAACGAUACUGGACACGCCAUUUCGCCUCAUCUAUCCCACCUCAGCCCGUUCUUCCUUCGAUGCGACGAGUGGUCUUUACGCCCGACAGUACCUCGCUAUAUCCUAUUGUUGGGGCUUAGGCGAUUUUUUGCGGACAGGCUAUGAAAGGCAUGGCAGCUGGCCGAUAAGUAAGCCCUUCGUUGAAGCUAUUUUGGCCGAUAAAGAUCAUCCGCGUGAAGGCAUCUGGAUGGACCAACUCUGUAUCGACCAGACCUCUUCCUUGGACAAAGGCAAGUCCGUUGCAGCGAUGGACAUCAUCUACCGCUCUUGCAUCCGACUCGUGAUCUUACUAGAAGAUGUUUGUCUCGAUGAGCAAGAGGCAAAACUUCACGAAGAAUACGAUAAUACCAAGAGGAAGUUUGAAACAAAAUGGGUACCAGGAGAAACUGAGAGAGACGUGUUUAUCAGUUUCUACAACAAGGUAAAUGCGGCACGUUGGUGGAAACGGGCAUGGUGUCUCCAUGAAUUUAGUGUCAAUGGUCCCUGGACGGACAAGAGACAGUGUAACAUCAUCCACAAUGCGACAUUCAUUGUGAAUGGGCCUGGAGGAUCGACUGUUAAGAUAAAAUGGGUGAAUCUCCAUUUCAUCAUGGCUAACGCAUUCUUAGGGCUCGCGUACUUGGGUCCAGAAUUGGAUACCGAAGACCGAGUCCUGUAUUACAGUAGCUUGCUUGCUCUCGCACGAGGCGAAAUAUAUCCAUUGGUUAUACUAUUGGAUCAGCUCGAAAAGAAGCCGAUUAUCUUCGACGACAAGCCAACCUGGUUAUGUCGCGGGGUUGGGCAGGCACACACCUCGAUUCCCAGUUUCAAUCUGAAGAACCUCCAGGGCAUUCAUCGCAUAACAACGGAAGACAUCGAGCUUGAUAUGAUCUUCUUCAAAUCGCCUUGGGAACUCGUCACAAAAGAAAAUCUUCGCACUACGUACACAGUGUUCCCCUCACUCAUACCAACGGUACAGCCUGCGAAGUAUACACCUGGCAAGUUCGCGGAUCCCACAACAUCGGAGUGGUCUGACGAAGAUCUCGAUCAAUGUCGACGUAGAUUCCUCGCAGGCUGCCUCAUGAAUGGAUAUGCGUAUAUAGCCAGGCUAUGGGAACAGCUGAAGCGCGACGUGGUAGUAGCGAGUUACAACGACACGAUUUUCAAAAAGCUCACGCCACAUCCUGCUUUCCACGAUGCCGCACAAGAGCUUUUGCGACAACUCCUACCAGUUUCAGAACUACUUUGUAUCCCGCCUUCAUCAAUAUUCACUCUCGAAGACGCCCAUUUGUUCUUGACUUGGCUUGCGGAUCCAAGAUCCAUUUAUUACAUUGGCGCUUUCACGCAUCGCCUGCAAUCCACCACGCCUGGGUCUGCGCAAGCAUUCGUGAAUGGAUUGCACCCCAAGCAGUACACUGAUAAAGGUCCGAUGAACGAGCUCGAGCUCGCUGUUCCGAUUGAUCUUCUUGGGGCUUCGUGCGCAACGUUUAGGGUGUGGAUUUUACGACCCGGAAAAGGAGAGACAAAAGGUAGCAAGUGGAGACUGGUAGGAAAGGCGUUGUUGCUUGGUGAGCCGACUUUAACCAAUGAAGGGAUACCUGGUGCUGGCACAGACGAGACAGUGGUAUCUGUGAAGAGGGCAGUGGUCACUGGGUGGCCCGAAGAGUAG